AUGAAGAAGUCAACAAAAUGGAGUGCUCCGGAGGACUGUGAACAAAAAUACAUCAGAGAGACGGGGAGGAGAAUCAACACAAGUAUAAAAAAACACCAGCGACUAUGCAGAAAAGUUGAUACGGAAAGAUCGGAGAUAGCUGAACACAUCGCCCUUACCGGCCACACGAUUGACUGGAAUUCAACGGAAAGACUGGCCAUAUAUGGGGAAAACAGCAGAAAAAGGAAUAUCAGAGAGGCUGUAGACAUCCUCCUUCAAGUAAACCCGAUGAAGAGGAGAUUGGAAGAGGGUAGAGUUAGCGAUAAUCUCGUGUACUGUUUGCGCAGACUUGGAGAUUCAAUGAAUCCAUCUAAAAGAAGACGCUUGGAGCCAGGACAACUGUUCAACAACAGGAAGCGACAUCACCAAGGAGCGGCUCAUAAGGAACAAAGGGAAAUCAAGAAAAUGCUACUGUAG